AUGGACUUCACACAUCCCUCAUCUUCUAGUGGCUCGUGGAACUGUCUAUGCAAUGUCGUAGAAUAUAGCGGCAUUUUUGAUUCUGAAUGUCGUCAGCCCCACUCACGGUGCAUGGAAAACACUCGUGUUGCCCUUCGGAGGAGCAUAACCCAGGUCCUUGACCAACGUGAUCGAACGAACAUCUGGCUUAACGGUCUCGCUGGUGUUGGAAAAACAUCUAUCGCGUUCACCAUAGCUGAGGAGAUGAAAUCAGCGAAGAGGCUUGCUGCCACGUUCUUCUUUUCACACAAACACGCACAAAAAGCUGCCACCAUCAUUCCCACCAUCGCAUAUCAGCUGGCACUAGCUUUCCCGCGCAUUCGAGGAGACAUUGUGAAAGCGAUCGAGAACGACGACAGCCUCCUAUCAGAUGGAAAAUCUCAUGCGGAUCAGAUGCGAGAGCUCGUCAUCAGGCCACUGCAGACAUUGAAAUUCCGCGAAGAGCCCUAUGUCAUCAUUAUUGAUGCUCUCGACGAAUGUUUUUCACGGGAAGAGGCGGCAAGACUAGUCGCGUUGCUGACAGACACCCUCUCAGGCCCAUCCUUGCCACUUAUCCACGUCAUAUUUACAAGCCGCCCCGAGGUGCAUAUUCGCGCUGCCAUGCCCUCCGGUGUCCACGAGAUUCUCCUUACCACUCGUGAUAAAGACACCAUGCAGGAUGUUCGCUUCUUUUUGCGAACAUCACUGGAUAAAACAAGGACAAUUCGUCCUGCUGUUUUCGGUCAGCCACCCAUACCCUGGCCAUCGGAGGAUGACUUCGAGACGUUGGUCUUUAAAGCAGGCAGUCUCUUUGUUUACGCUGCCAUGGCCGUGAAUUUCAUAUCCACCGCUGGUCAUCAUCCACAGGAGAGACUAGAACUCUUACUACGCAAGAAGUCGACUGUCGGUGCUGACAUUGAUCAGCUUUAUCGGGAGAUAAUCGAGGCUUCGGAGGAUCCACUUGCACACUGUCGGAUGUUAGCGUCUAUAAUCAAUCUUAGAUAUCCGCUGUCACUUGCGGAACUCCGAGAACUCUUUUAUGCGGAUGAAAGGCGCUUGGCCAUGAUGCUUGAAGCAUUUUCACCCGUGAUCUUGAAUGAUGGGGCUGGGCAUGUUGAGAUUUAUCAUGCUUCGCUUCGUGACUUUAUGAGUGAUCCUUCACGGUCGAAGCAAUAUCACAUAGAUGCCCCACAUACCCAUGAGCACCUUGCGUGCUGCUGCCUUGACUUCAUUACACGUCAGGGUUCCGUUCGGACUCACGCCAUUCUAGCGUCGCCAUUGCCUUAUCCAUAUCCACAUCAGAUGCGGGAUAUUCAUCUUCGCUCUGCCUACCCUAGCAGCAAACUUCGAAAGCUGCUGUCGCGGUUUACGAACGAAUCAAUGCAACAUUGGGUACAGACCUCAAUUUCAAACCUUACCUUGCUCGAAUCUAUCCAGGGCGCAAGGAAGACUUGUUUAUCCUUGGUGAUUAAUGUUUUGAACGUGUUGAAUCAUUGGGACCUGUACUAA